ACAAGAGCCAAUCGAAUUACGACGACAAGUAGUAGUGGAAAACUAAAGGAAACUUUUGAGAGCGAAACUCCUCCGCCUCAAGAAAUGGCUUCCUCCAGACCUGAGAACGCUCCGUUUCUCUUCCCGAAAUGCGAAGACUCUGUUUUACCCGAUCCCUCACGUUUCUUCAGCCACAAUCUCCUCUCGAGCCCUCUCCCUACAAACUCUUUUUUCCAAAACUUCACUCUUAGGAAUGGUGACAAGGCUGAGUAUUUUCACCCUUACAUCAUCAAACCCGCCGUAUCCUCUCUCUCGAUCUCAUACCCUACUCUGCUUCGAAACUCUGCCUUCUUCUACGAGGUUUUCAAAGCUGACAUCGUCAUCUCCGGUUCACCCGACCCGCAUUCCCGGAAAACUCAUCAGAUCUCUUCAUUCAGCGACCUCGGCGUCACUCUAGAUUUCCCUUCCUCUAAUCUCAGAUUCUUCCUCGUCAGGGGAAGCCCUUACAUCACAUGCUCCGUCUCAUGUAACUCGAUCACAAUCUCAACGAGCCACGAGGUUUUGUCCUUCUCCGGAAAUAGCCCAUGUACAAAGUACACGGCCAACCUCAGCAACCACCAGAAAUGGCUGAUUUACGCCUCUUCGCCGGUUACACUAACCAAAUGCGGCAGCUCCUCGUUUCAUUGCCCUGGUGGGUUUUCGGGUAUAAUCCGAAUCGUUGUGUUACCUUGCUCGAAUCCAGACUUCGAAUCCAUUCUCGACCGAUUCAGUUGCUGUUACCCAGUUUCCGGGGACGCUGACUUCACAAAGCCCUUCACUUUGGAGUACAAAUGGGAGAAGAGAGGCUUCGGAGAUCUGCUGAUGCUCGCUCAUCCUCUUCAUCUCAAGCUUUUGGCAAGCGACAAUCGUUCGGUCACCGUACUAGACUCUAUCAAAUACGAAAGCAUCGACGGGGAUUUGAUAGGAGUCGUCGGAGAUUCAUGGGUUCUUAAACCGGACCCUGUUCCGGUGACGUGGCACUCUAUCAAAGGAGUUAAAGAAAGUUCGUACGAGGAGAUCAUCUCGGCUCUCGUCAAAGACGUCAACGCCUUGGAUUCCUCAUCCCCGGUCUCGGGGUGGUCGUAUUUCUACGGGAAAGUGAUCGCGAGAGCCGCGAGGUUGGCUUUGAUCGCCGAAGAAGUUUGCUAUCACCAUGUGAUUCCGGCGAUUAGGAGUUAUCUGAAGAUCAUGAUCGAGCCGUGGCUAGACGGGAGUUUCGAACCAAACGGGUUUCUGUAUGAUCCUAAAUGGGGAGGUUUGAUCACAAAGCAAGGAUCGAGAGAUUCAAAAUCAGACAUGGGGUACGGGAUUUACAAUAAUCAUCAUAUUCAUCUAGGUUACUUUCUUUUCGCCAUUGCUGUGCUCGCCAAGAUCGAUCCUUUGUGGGGGAUGAGAUACAGAGCUCAAGCGUACACUCUAAUGGCGGAUUUCAUGACUUUAGGGGGGAAAUGGGAUCAUUCCAAUUCGGUUUAUACGCGUCUAAGAUGCUUUGACCUAUUCAAGCUCCACUCUUGGGCUGGAGGGUUAACGGCGUUCGCCGACGGGAGGAAUCAGGUGUGCCCGAGCGAGGCUGUAAACGCUUAUUACUCAGCUGCUUUAUUAGGUUUAGCUUACGGCGACGUACAACUUGUAGCGGCGGCUUCGACGAUUAUGGCGCUUGAGAUCCACGCGGCGAAAAUGUGGUGGCAGGUGAAGGAAGAUAACGCUAUCUACCCGAAAGAAUUCACGUCAGAGAAUCGUUUGGUCGGGAUAUUAUGGUCGACGAAGAGAGACAGUAGCUUAUGGUUCGGGUCCAAGGAGUGGAAAGAGUGUCGGCUUGGUCAGCAGUUAUUACCGUUGGUGCCGGUGUCGGAAAUUCUCUUCUCCGAUGUGAAAUUCGUGAUGCAGGUCGUGAAAUGGACUUUGCCGGCGUUGAGGAGAGACGGCGUUAAAGAAGGCUGGAAAGGGUUUGUCUAUGCUCUGGAAAGUGUUUACAACAAAGAUGUAGCGAUCGAGAAGAUCCGGGGAUUGGAUGAGUUUGACGAUGGAAAUUCUCUGAGUAAUCUACUGUGGUGGGCUCACAGUAGAGACUAG